AUGUGGGAAUUUGGGCUAUUGGCGAUUGUGGCAUCUGUGAUCGCACAAGAUGUCGACUAUGCGCAGUUCGUCAAUCCCUUCAUCGGAUCCGAAGGCGCGAUACCUGGCUACGCAUAUGGCGGUGGCGAUGUCUUUGUCGGUGGCACGCUACCAUUUGGCAUGGUCAAGAUCGGCCUCGACACAUACGAGGAACCUGUCAACCAGAGCGCGCUGAAUGGCGGCUGGACGCCAAAGGGACAUGUUACGGGUAUUAGCCUGAUGCACGUAUCAGGUACAGGAGGAGGACCUAAAUACGGAUUUCCGGCGCAGAUGCCAUUGACGACGAUUGAUGGUGAUGUAAAUCUACUGGACAAUCGAACUUAUUGGCAGACGAGGGUUGGGAACGACGUUGCGAGUGUGGGCUACUUCCGCACAGCCUUCAACUCCGGCGUUACGGCUGAACUCUCAGCCUCGCGACACGCUGGGCUACAGCACUACACUUAUCCGUCAUCUUCCGAAAAACACGUUCUUGUGGACUUUUCGCACUACCUUCCUCAUCCAACACGUUCGUGGGACUCGCAAUUCUAUACGGGCGGUGAAGUCGAGAUCCAUCCCAACUCAAGCGUAUACACAGGGUAUACCUCUAUUGCGGGAGGAUGGUCUAUCGGCGCUCCGGUAACUGUAUACGUGUGCGGAGAGUUCGACAGUUCGCCAGCUGUCGCGCGAACUUUCAAAGGAAAAAAUACGUUCCCUGUAAGCCGGCACUUCCGAACUUUCGAUAAUAGUACCACGCCUCAGCCUACGUUCACUGGAUCGAAUGCACGCUCGGGGCCGAUGAAUGACCGUGUAGGCGCAGUGUUCUCCUGGACCAACACUACGGAGGUGAAGUCACGGGUUGGCAUUUCUUUCAUCUCGGUCGACAAAGCGUGCGCAUACAAGAACUCUGAGCUUUCAUCUUGGUCUAUCGAAACCACAGCAAAAGCAGCUCGCGACGAGUGGAAUCGCGAUGUCUUCUCCAAGAUCCGCGUCGAUACAUCUAAAUCUGCCAAUAAAACGCGCCUCGCACUACUAUACUCUAGUCUAUACUUCACACACCUCAUCCCGAGUGAGCGUGUUGGCGAAAACCCGCUCUGGGAAUCAGAUGAGCCUGCAUUUGAUGAUUGGUACACUAUGUGGGAUCUAUUCCGUAAUCAGGUAUCGCUAUGGCACCUCAUACAACCGACGUACUACGAGAAGAUGAUCCGAUCGUUGAUAGAUUUGUUCAAACACGAGGGUUAUCUACCAGAUGGACGAUCUGGAAACUACAAUGGUCUGGUUCAAGGAGGCUCGAAUGCGGAUAACGUGCUUGCUGAUGCGUAUGUGAAGGGCUUGGCUGGAAGAGUUAACUGGACUGACGGAUAUGCGGCUGUCAAGAAGAAUGCUGAAGUGCUACCUUACUUUGAUCAAAACCCGGUUGAUCCACAAGGCUCACUGAAGGAAGGUCGCUCUGCGCUCGAUGACUGGAUACCACUUGGCUAUGUAUCCGCAGAUCGUAACUCGCGCGCAGUUUCGAAAACAGUCGAGUACUCCCUAAAUGACUUCGCCGUUAGCCAGAUUGCAGCCGGAGUGGCUCCAGGUGACCGCGAUUUAUACCUACGCCGCUCCGCAGGUUGGCAGUUGAGCUGGGACCCGGAAGCAGAGAGCCGCAAUUUCACGGGCUUCGUUAUGCCUCGCUAUGCAAAUGGGACGUUCCACAAGACCUACAAUAUCACGAAUUGUGGCGACUGCAAUUGGUCUGACGAGAGCUAUGAAGGCACUGCGUUCGAGUACUCAUUCGUUAUCCCCCACGAUGUUGAACGCAUGAUUGAGCUCAUGGGCGGCCCCUCGCACUUCGAAACCCGCCUCGACUAUGUCUUCCAACCCAACACCUCAGGCGUCGACCUCGGCGUCAAUGGCCUCGGCAUAACCACCAUCAACAAUGUAGCCAACGAACCCGACUUCCAAACACCUUACUUGUACAACUACCUCAACAAGCAAUGGAAGAGUGUUGAGCGCUCGCGUCAGCUGUCUAAUGACUUCUACUUCAACACCAGCACCGGAAUCCCAGGCAACUCUGACGCUGGUGCACUAAACUGCUGGUUAAUCUGGCAGAUGCUCGGGCUCUACCCUAUUGUCACUACGCCCGUGUACCUCCUCGAGUCUCCGUGGUUCAGCGACAUCAACAUGACUGUGAACCACAACCACACAUUGCGCAUUCGCGCACAUGGCCUAGACGAUGGGGAUGGGAAGCAGGGGUACUAUGUACAGGGCGUGAGUAUUAAUGGGAAAGAGUGGGAUAAGAACUGGUUUGAGCAUGAGGACGCGGGUGGGAUCAUGACUGAGGGCGGGGAGAUCCUGUUCAGAUUGGGGAGUGAGCAGAAGCUUUGGGAGACAGGCGAUGUACCGCCUAGUCCAGGACAUCAAGUUGUUGACGUUGGACAGGGUUAA